CAACAAGGGAACUGCGGUGCCUGGAUGUUUGCAGGGCAGGGAUGUUUGUCGCCUAGUCGCGCAAUGCGCCACAUUAACGUGAAUGCUAUCCAUUUCUGAGGCAAUCACACCUAAGGUAGGCCAUAGGGCUGAAUGUUUGAUGAAAUCCGCUCUCUUCGCUUAAUCAAGAUCGCUACGUGUAUUGCUAUGCUUUUCCCUGUAUAACGCCCGGAGUUGAGCCUCAAAUUGACUCCUCAGCCAAGCCUGGGCGCAAACAACCCCGCCCCGCCAUCCUCAUCUGAAGCUCACUUCACUUCAUCAUAGCAUCCACAUCUCAUCAACAACCUCACUUCACAGCUCCUCCGAACUUACGCACAAUGUCCAAAGAUCUCGAUAAGUCCCUGCUUGAUCGCCUAAACGCCCUUAGAGGUAACAGCGCAGGCCAGGAUAAACCAAUAUCAACAGAGAUCAAAGUUGAUCUCAUUGAGCGCAAAAGGGCGCCUACUCGAGAUGACACACUAGCCGCUCGUCUCAAGUCUCUACGAGAUCGUGGCGAUGAAUCUUCACCUGCACCAGCACAGAAACCCCAAGAACCAUCAAAGCCAACACGCCAGCCAGAAAGUACACCACGGAAGGACUCUCCCAAAUUUGAAGAUGAAGAAGAUGAUUCCAUCUUCCAGACAGACGACCAAACCCUGGAGGAACUGUUAAGCGAUGUACAACCAGAGGAGGGAUUUCAGCCCGAACCAGACGACGCACAAGUCAAAGCACUUCUCGAACAACUCGCAGACUCAAUACCAAAAGAUACAAAAGACGACAAAGAUAGAAAUGACGAUGACUCAGACGAUUCAGAUGGUGAAACUAUGAACAAAGAUGUCGAUGAAGUCAUCGCCCGCUUCCGCGACGAAGCAGAAGUCGAAGCAGCCCUCGCAAAGACCAAAACACCCGACCGAGAGUCUGAAUCCGAACCUGAACAAACUACUUCCAAGACAGAAGAUAUCGCUCUUCCAGAUGUGCCUUCAGACCUCGUCGACAUUCCUUCUUCAAAGCGCGCUGGCAGCGCGGAUAUAGAUGACAUAACCGCCCGUCUCGCCGCUCUACGCGCACCAUCUCCCGAUGAGGAUUCUCUCGCUCUUCCGUCGGUACCUACGUCUAAACCAUCCGGCCAGCCGGUAAACCGUUUAACUUCGCGGACCAACUACACCGACGACGACGUGGAAAGCUGGUGCACCGUUUGUUUAGAAGAUGCGACGCUUCGUUGUCCAGGGUGCGACGAUGACGUCUACUGUACACGAUGUUGGUACGAGAUGCACCGAGGACCACAAGCUGGCUUCGACGAGAGGAGUCACAAGGCUGUGCAAUUCACCAAGGAUAAGAAGACGGAGAAGAAAGAGAAGAAGAAGGUAGCGCUGGGAGCAUAAACGAUUUCAAUUUCAAGCUAGA